AUGGCACCGCGCCAGAUGUCCGCCGGCGCUCGCCCGCAUUCCCCGGCUCCCGUCAUUCGUCCCCGCCCGUGCCAUCACCGGAUCGAGCGCCCACAUGCACCUUCAGCCGUCGCCAGAGCCAUCGCUGCCAGGCGACAAGCCAUUCUCUACCAUCAGCUUCCAAACGAGUUGCUGGCUUCAAGAGUCCAGGAGGACAGCAACAUGAACUGUCUGAUGAUUCUCCGCGGCCUUCCUUUGGACAUCCAUUCCGAUCAGCCCCCUCUCCCCACCACCUGCGAUGAGGAGAUGGAUUGGUACUUCAACUCUGGAGCCUACAGGCGCGACCAAACCCUGGCCAUGCACGAUGGACGCCAUGUUGUCCGUUCAGCUUCUUAUUUGGUCGAACCCAUGCCGGCCGCUCAUCGGGUCCUUCAACCGCCCCCUGCUAUCAACCACCAACAGGCGGCUUCCAUUUCUUCCUUUCCGUCAGUCCAUCAGGUUCCAACCCAGUCAACGAUUCCUGUGGGCGCUCAAUUCUCUCCGCCUCAUCCGUCCCUCUCUCCGUCGGCGGCUCCGGCACUUUCCAAUCCUCUGCCAAGGCUGACCGCUCAUGCCCUGGGCAUGCUGGAACCGGCAUAUUCCCCGACUCUUCUGUCAUGGUCUGAGGAAUCCUCUCUCGAUUCUUCGGAGUCCUCUCUUGUCGAUUCUGCGGAGUCCUCUGACAAUUCCGCGGAUUCUGCUCUCGUUCCCGAGGUCGACAACCCUAAUCCGGCGCGGAUCGUGCCUGGACUACGUCUCCAGCCCAAGGCCCGUAAGUGCUUCGAGCAUUUGCACAAGAAGUUCAGUAGAGCGAAGCGGGAGUGGAUUGGAUCCCUCCACGUCCAAGGAUUCUACCUCUGUACAAGCCGCUACGACGCGCCGGUUGGCACCGCCAACACCCCUUGCGCCGCUUGUGUCAAGCGUGGAAAGGAUUUGGUGAAGGCCUGGAACAACAGAUUCGCGUCCGUUCUAACUUGGAUCGAAAGCACCACGAGCGAGAAGCAGGAGGCUCACCCUCAGUGGGAAGGCACCUUGGGCGCGAUUGGACACCAGAUGGAUGUCGAUCUGGAAAGUGCAGGGGAGGAUUAA